AACCCAAUCCAGCCAACAUCCACUCGAUCAACAUCCGCCAACCUAUCGAUCAUCCUCAUCUUCACUUCAGGAAACCUUCUGCAAUGUUCUGUGCAAUUUCGGGAGUGUCUCCUCUUCACCCAGUCGUUUCUAUCAAAUCGGGAUACGUUUAUGAGCGAAGUUUGAUUGAAAAAUAUCUCAAGGAGAAUGAAGGCAAGGAUCCGAUCACAGGAGAUAUCGUGGAGCUUUCAGAGUUGGUCGAUGUGAAAACAGUGCCAUCCGCCCCUGCGCCGCCACCCCGAGCUCCUAACCUCUCGUCCGUGCCGUCCCUCCUGGUCACUCUACAAAACGAAUGGGACGCCAACAUGCUCGAGUGUUACGAGUUGCGCAAGCAAAACGCAUCUCUGCGCCAAGAGCUGUCCCACGCUCUUUACAAGGAAGAUGCCUCAAUGCGAGUUCUUGCUCGAGUCCUAAAAGAGCGCGAUGAAGCACGUGAAGCGCUAGGAAGUGUACAAUCUUCCCUUGGUCUCAGCAGCGCUUUAGAGUCGAAAACCAAUGGUAACGACACGGAAAUGAAAGAUGCUGCCGCACCUCAGGGCCUGCCCGAGGCAGUUCUGGGUCGUAUUGACACAACCUCUAAAGCUCUUAUGGCCACUCGCAAAAAAAGACAAAUUCCGGCUGGCUACGCGUCUCCGGCUGCAUUGAAGACUUACAUUCAAAAGACAUCUAUACCAUCACUCCAUUCGACCAAACCCCCUGGUAUUACCUGCCUGAAAGUCACAGGUUUGGACGACAAUUUGAUUGUAACCGGUGGGAUGGACAAAGUAGUGCAAAUCUAUGAUCGCACGACAGAGAAAGUUCUUGCUACGAUGAAAGGUUCGACUAAAAAGAUCAACUCGAUUGCCGUUGUUGGAGGUCAGAAUGCAACAUCGAAAGAACUACCUAAGAUGAUUAUUGCUUCGUACGAGAAGACCAUUCGGUUCUGGGUGCCCAGCGAAAAGAAAGUGGGGUAUGUCGCCGGUGGUACCAUCGUUCAAUCCGACGAAGUGACCGGUAUCGACCUACACCCAUCAGAAUCCCUACUUCUCACCGGGUGCGGAGACGGUUCAUGGGCCCUUCACGACCUCGAACAUCCAUCUGGAACGCCCAAAACGAUUCUUUCGGUCUCCCUGAAUGACGUACCCGCCGGCACAAGCAUCAGCUCGGUCAAAUGGCAUCCCGAUGGCGUAAUUCUAGCUGCGGGAUUAUCCAAUAGCGCUUUGAAGGUCUUCGACGUGAAAACGGCGACUUGUGUAGCCGACUUUGAGGGCCACGCAAACGUUGGCGGGGGGCCGAUCAAGUCGAUGUGCUUUAGUGAAAAUGGUUAUUCUUUGGCGACGACGGCUCAACACUCAGCGACUAUCAAACUUUGGGAUCUGCGUAAAUUAACCAACUAUCAUACGAUCACCCUUCCCGAAGGCUAUGAACCCACCCAGGUUGCUUGGGAUUAUAGCGCUCAAUUUAUCGGAGUUGUUGGAAACGAUUUGAGAAUUUGGCAAAACAAGACCUGGGAAGAAUUGGUAGUUUACGACAACAAUGCCGCCGAGCUAACUGGCCUCAACUUCACCAAAGCUGGAAGCGAAAUCGUAGUCGGUGGAAUGGAUCGUACUGUCACUAUAUUAUCUGCCCCUGUCGUUGCCAAUGACUCAGCCUCCUCGUAAUACAAAUCUACACCCAUGUGAUUCAAACAGUAGACUAAAUAAGUUGGAAAGACAGCGUAAACUUAGACAGACCCUCUAGUUCUCGGAUUCUUAAAAGCCAUCUACCAUUCAAUCGUUUGACUCACAAGUGAGCCCUUUGCCACUUUUCUAGAGCAUACGUCGUGCAUGUUCAAAUUCAUUUUCACAGAUACCGAUGAGAGUACAAAAGGAAAGAAAAAAAAUCUGAGAAAUAAUAAAGCUUCGAAGAGAUACACAUUUGUGUAAGUUUGUCAAACAUAGAAAAAAGUCAACAAAUCCCCCUCUGAUUCCAACUUGCCCAUGGAAUGUUCUUGCGUCAUAUCGUAAGCCCCUCUAAAUUUAUAUGUGUGUUGAGGUGCCACCCAUAUGGGAAUGUGGGUUACUAGCUGAGCCCGGCAAGGUUAAAGAUCUGUGAUAUUUGUUCAAGUUUUCAAUUGAAAAGCAAAAGAUAUAGUCGAAUAAUAUUUUGGAAUCGCGCUUCAGAAACUUUCCAGUUCGGUCUGAUCCCAU